AUGUUCAAAGAUCUCGUGGACAAGGGUCCAGAUCAGCCGGCUGUUAAGUUAUACCAUCUGGAUAAGGCUCUGGUUGGUAGUGCAGCGGGUCUUAUCGACGCCAGGACGAUCAACGAGGGCAAUUACGCUCAUGCGUGGCAAAUAUUGGAAGAGAGGUUCGAAAAUAAUCGUCACGCUAUCGACUCUCAUAUUCAUGGCUUGCUGAACCUUAAACGCAUGACGAAGAAGAGCCAUUUGGAGUUACGGAGUUUGGUGGAUGAGUGCAGCAAGCAUGUGGAAGGCCUUAAGUUUCUGGAGCGGGAGUUCGAGGGAGUAGGAGAGGAUUUCGUCAUCCAUCUGUUGGCUGCAGCAUUGCACAACGAUAUACGCCACAUGUGGGAGUCCACUAUAAAACACGGUGAGCUCCCCGAUUACGAUGAGAUGCUGACGUUCCUGAAGGAGCAAACGUUCAUCUUGGAGAGAGUCGAAGCAAGCAACCCGAAGUCAUCCUCGAUGUCCGUUAAGUCGGUGCCUGCAGCCAAUAAGCCGGCACAGAAAGUCCAUGCAACCGUUUCAUCAAUUGAGACGGAAAUGAAGUGUGAUUUUUGCGGAAAUUCACACGCUAAUUACCAUUGCGCUGCGUUCAAGGCGCUCUCGAUUCCGCAAAGAUUGGUCAAGGUAAGAGAACGAAAUGUGUGCUUUAAUUGCUUGCGAAAAGGUCAUCGAAGUGCCGAAUGCUCGUCGGACAGAUGCUGCCAAAGGUGCAAACGUCGGCAUCAUAGUCUACUACACGCCGAAGAAAAAUGCAAGCCAGUUACAGAUCAGUCAAGCAAGCCGUCCUCGAAGCCAGCGACUGAGCAAGAAGAUUCACCAUCGGAAUCGACGCCGGCUACGUGUUCAAGCGUGGCUACCAACACGCAACAAGUGUUGUUACUCACGGCGGUGGUUGAUGUAUUGGACAAGACCUAUAAGCCCCAUCCAUGUAGAGUUUUAUUGGAUAGUGGAUCCCAAGUCAAUUUGGUUACACGAGCCGUAGCUGAUAAAUUGGGCUUGAAGCUGGAUUCGUCGAAUGUCACGAUGUUCGGGGUGAACAAAACGAAGACCCAGUCAUCGAGUUGCGGUGUGAUUCAUCUUUCGUCGAGGUACAGGGAUUUCCACGCUAAAGUCAAGUGUCUGGUAACUGACCAGGUGACAGCAGAUCUCCCAUCAUCGGUUAUCAAUAUCAGUGCAUUGGAGCUUCCCGCUGGUGUUCAGCUAGCCGAUCCAAAGUUUUUUCAUCCAAGCAAGGUGGAUAUGCUCCUGGGUAACGAAUGGUUCCUCAAAUUGUUGCUCGGAGAGAUUGCAUUGUCUGACAGUCUUCCCAUCCUGCGCGAAACUCAAUUUGGUUGGGUUGUUGGUGGAGUGUUUGAAGAAGAGCGUGACAGUGAAGAAGAGGAAUGUGAAAGUCAUUUCCAGACGACUCAUCGUAGAGAUGCUUCUGGUCGUUACAUCGUAGAGCUGCCUCUAAAGGAGUGUGUCAGCGAGUUAGGAGAUUCCAGGCCGUUGGCACUACGAAGAUUUCAUGCACUGGAGCGAAAGCUUUCGCAGCACCCGGAUUUGAAGAAACAAUAUCAGGAGUUUAUGAACGAGUACGAAGUUCUUGGUCACUGUGAAGAAGUUGAUGUUAGUAAGGAUAAGGCAGAUAUCAUCACCUGGUAUUUACCUCACCAUGCCGUCCUGCGGCCAUCGAAUACCACUACUAAGUGUCGUGUGGUGUUUGAUGCAUCGGCGAAAGUGUCAGGGUGGUCGCUUAACGAUGUGAUGAAGAUUGGUACCAUCAUUCAAAGUGAUCUGCAAUCCAUCUCUCUUCGGUUCCGUCUCCCACUUUAUGUUAUGGCUACUGACGUGGCAAAAAUGUACAGGCAAGUCCUCGUCGAUCGGCGGCAUACGUCGCUAUCUCGUGUGUUCUGGAGGAAGAAUCCUUCCGAUCCGCUGCGUGUCUUAGAGCUGACAACGGUCACUUAUGGCACAGCUUCCGCCCCGUUUUUGGCAACGCGGGCACUUUUGCAACUGGCUAUCGACGAAGGUUCCAAGUAUCCUGUGGCAGCAGACAUCUUGAAGAAGAGUUUCUACGUGGACAACGCAUUGUUCGGGUUUGAUGACUUGAAUGAAGCAAGCGAAGCUCAGGUGCAGUUAAUUGGUCUGCUCAAGGAGGGUGGAUUUCAUCUGCAUAAAUGGGCUUCCAACAAUCCUGCAUUGCUGGAACGGAUUCCAGAAGGCGAUCGUGACGAGUUGGUUAGCAUCGACGAUGAAGGCUCUAAAGAAAUAAUAAAAUCGUUGGGACUAAUGUGGAAUCCAAUUUUGGACGCAUUGCAAUUCAUCUCCAUUCGAACAGUGUGUGAAACCAGUACAACCAAGCGACAAAUACUGUCGCUUAUAUCAAGAAUGUUCGACCCCUUGGGUCUUGUGGCGCCGGUUAUCGUGAUCGGUAAACUUUUACUGAAGAGCAUCUGGCAGGAAGAGUUGGAAUGGGAUGAAGAGCUCAAGGGAGAGCUGAAGAAAGGUACGACAAAUUCCUAA